AUGGUGCUCGAAAACUCCACCGCAUCCGAGUCGGAUGGUGGCUUCACUGAAAACCCCCCUCCCUCCGCUUUCGAUACCUAUUCCGGCGAAGGCGGCAAAGCCGAGUAUGACAUCUCCAUGGAAGGAAUGCCACGGCCGUUUCCAAUUAUCGGACCCCUGUUUGGAUAUAACGAUGACCUUAUUGCUCGCGGGGUGAAUUCGAAGACGAAGAGUGCUGGGGGAGUCUUGCAACGACAUCUUACGCAGGAAGAAAUGACUGCCAUGGUCUAUUGGACCAGCAAGCAGGUUAAAAUCAUGUCUUAUGCGCCGAUCAUCGGCAUUGGAGGAGGAUUAUAUAGAGCAUAUUCAACUGCGAGUACAUUUCGGUUUCCCAUGUACCAGCCAGACCAAGCAACAUUCAACAGAGAAGUCUUUCCGCAUACAAGGGCGCCUUGGGUCGUUGGAUAUCGCGCUGUUCUGAGUUGGCAUUUGGCCAGAGGAUUUUGGUAUGCUGCAGCGGGUAACUUUCUAGCCAAAAUGGUCAUUGGAAGUUAUGCUCUGAGUGUAGCUACUGUGGGUGAGAUGCAAGAUCCUAGGUUAAAGGAUUUUAUCAGCCAGGUUAGACAACGGCAACAACAAAGGAGAGGAGGUCUGGAAAUGCCACAGGGUCAAAACGGACGGCCAGGACAACCAGCACCAAUGCCGGCACCACAAAAGCAGGAUUACGAUGAUGCGAGCCCAACUGGGGGAAUCUAUACUGAGGAGGACUUCCAGCAGAGUAAACCAGCAGUUCCAGUUGUUCCAUCGAGGCCAGCCCCGGCGGAAGCUGAAGCCAAGUCUUUUGAUUUCUUCGACGACGCAUCGCCUACAGGUGGUCAAGGUAUAUCUGCAGACACGAGAGCAGCACCCCAAAGCACAGGUUCAGCAUGGGACAGAUUAAGGAGAGGUCAGGCUCCAAGUCAGGCCCCGAGUCAGGCUUCUUCAUCGCAGGAAACACAAGGGAGCGGAAGAAGGGAUGGGCAGCUUGAUGCGCAAGCGGAAUUUGAUGCCAGAAUUGAGCGAGAACGGCGGGGUGGAGAUUUUAGCUCCAAUGGAGGAGAUAUAAAGCGGUGGUAG